AUGAAAAUCUUCUGUUUAUUAAUAUCUAUAUUCUUUGUGAAAGUGUUGGCAGUUUAUGAUAGUUAUAUGGGUUUUCUUCACCUUACAACUAUUGGCAUCAAACUUGCUUACGAAAAGAAUGAUUUAACUGUAGGAAGUAGAUCUAGAUUAAAUGGAUUGGAGUAUCUAAUUGAGACAAUGGUUGAUAAUGUCAAAAAUGACCCGACCUACCAAGAUUUCCGCCAUAUUAAUUUUUUGAUGGCUGUACCGGACCAUAGCGAAAUUCUCUCGAGAAUAUCAGAACUUCCAGGUCAAUCAAAGAAAAAUGCCAACAAAUUCUUCAACAAACUGCUUCAUGACUUAGUUAGUGUAGUAGGAGUUGAUAUGGAAAGACGUUUUUCUGCUGAUGGGAAAACAUUGGAAAACCUUGCAAACACGAGUAGAGAAUUUGUUGCUUUAGCUGUAAGAAGUAUAAUCAGACAUCGUUUAUUAGGUGUACGAGUUGUAGAUGAUAUAGCAUCUUUAUCAUCGAAUUGUCGUUUGCUAGGAGUAUACUUUAGUACCCAAUCUCCAAAACUAUACAUAAAAGAAGUUAUGAUUGAGUCAACUAGCGGUACAUGUAUCUUGAAGGAUAAAAAUAAUACUUUAAGGAAGUACAGGAAAAUGGAUGGCACAUGGUCACAAAUAGGCUUAAAUAACCAAGCAGGAGAAUCACUCGAGACACAGCUACAACGUGGACGUCCAUGA